UUAAGAUGUAUUAUAGAGAUUUUAUUAUUAUUUUACAUAGUGCAUGCUGCACGUUUCGGUUUUAAGUUUUAGUACAUAUAUCUGGUUACAAGUCUCCCCUUACUGAUAAAUGCAAUAAAAAUAAUGCUCACACCUGUUACAUGUACGAUCACCCGUGCAUUUGUCAACAAUAACUAUUGUUGUGAAAAAAAUCACGACACUUAGUUACAAAAAAAGACAAACGCAAGGAAGAUCAUCCCUAGAUUUUUUUAACAAUAUCAUAAUGGUGAUUUGCUCUUUGCUAUCGGUCUUGUUUUUGGCUUUCAUCUGUGAUAUCCAAAACACGAUGGGUCACCGUCUUCCGCGUAAUUUAAAGAAUGUGGCGUAUGGUAAAUUCGCAAGACAGAGCUCAACUUAUCACCAUAUACCAGCGUCUUAUGCCGUCAAUGGUGUCUUCACGGACUUCACCCAUACGAAACUAGAAAAAAAUCCAUGGAUAAGAAUCGAUCUGGGAAGGAACUACACAGUUCAUGAAGUAGAAGUAUUUAACAGGAGAGAUUGUUGCCCUGAACGGCUUCAUGACGUAGAUAUACGUGUAGGCAAUGAUCUACACGCCAUGCAUCUAUGUGGCCACUUUACAGGACCCUCUACCAGAGGUGGGGAGCGGAUCGCAGUGUUUUGUCCGUACAACACAUUCGGUCGUUAUGUUGAGAUACAGAUUGUGGAGGGGUGGAACAACUACCUCUCCGUGGCGGAGGUUAUUGUCUGGGGACGUUUGUAAUUGUUUGUCUGAAAAAGGAAUAAAUGUCAAAGGAAUUUA